ACGCGAGGGCCGAAAAUAACUUCACGCUCCCCCCCACGAUUCGCUCCUCCUCACGCUCGCGACGCCCACCACCACCGCCGAGAUCCACCCGCCGGCGGCGCCGCCGCAACUGCCACUCUCCCUCCGGCGUGGUGCUCCGACGGAGGCGGUGUGUGUGGUGUGGGUGGGUGACUUGCCGGGGUUUGCUUGCCAAAGAUUCGGUCGCCCAGUUUAAGGAAGGUGAUAAGGCUGGGCGGGGCAAUAACUGCUCGAUUUGCCGCCGCUUCAUUGCUCGGCGAGGUUGCGGGCGGGGGGGGGGGGGGGGGGAUUCUUGCCAUUUCUCGCCGAUUCGGAGCCCGCAUUGGAUGCCGGAGAUCGCGUCCUUAUAGCUGGGUGGGGGGAGGCGAGCUUGGUUGGCCCGAGGUGGCGUCUCACGGAGGCAGGUGCUGUGUGCGCGAGGAGGAGAAUUUCGCCGAGCUGUGUUGAGUGGUGGCGAGGCGAUUCCCCCCGCGCGGGAGUUCGUGGUGGAAUUUUGACGUGCGCGAGGCGAGAUGCUUGUUGGGAGGCAAUAAUAGGGUACUGAAUUCGCCGGUCCACGCUCGAUGGGGUGGAAGGCGACGAUGGGUGGUGUCAAGGUGGCCGGCGGUGGCGGCGGCGUGGAGAAGGUCAGGUGCCCGUCGGUGGCCGCGGUGGCGCGGUCGCGGAUGAGGCCGUGGGUUCUGCGCGCCACCACGACGGUGCUGCUUUGGACCUGCGUCAUGCAGCUCACGGCCGUCGGGGAGAGGUGGGGGCCGCGCGUCCUCAAGGGGUGGCCGUCGUGCCGGACGGCGCAGGAGGCGGCCUCCGCCGCGCUCGCCGCCACGCGGCUCCCAAUGCCGGUACCCGUCGUGGAGAAGGCCCCAUUGCCGCCGAAAAGAAUUUAUAGGAACAACGGUUAUCUGAUGGUUUCAUGCAAUGGUGGACUCAACCAAAUGCGAGCAGCUAUAUGUGAUAUGGUUGUCAUUGCAAGAUACUUGAAUGUGACUCUAAUAGUGCCCGAGUUGGAUAAGACAUCAUUUUGGAAUGAUCCAAGUGAGUUCCAAGAUAUAUUUGAUGUUGAACACUUUAUAACAUCUCUGAGAGAUGAGGUUCGUAUUCUUAGAGAGUUGCCACCAAGGGUAAAGCGAAGAGUGGAACUUGGAAUGUUCCACUCAAUGCCACCUAUUAGCUGGUCUGAUAUCUCUUAUUACCGUAACAAGAUACUUCCUUUAAUUCGGAAGCACAAGGUUCUUCAUCUGAACAGAACUGAUGCUAGGCUAGCAAAUAACGGACUACCGCUCGAUGUCCAAAAGUUGCGUUGCCGAGUUAACUUCGGUUCACUGAAGUUCACUUCCGAUAUUGAAGAGUUAGGCAGGAGAGUGAUUAGAUUGCUUCGCCAAAAUGGCCCCUUUUUGGUCCUUCAUUUACGAUAUGAAAUGGAUAUGCUGGCUUUCUCUGGCUGUACUGAAGGCUGCACUCGUGAAGAGGCAGAUGAGCUCACAAGAAUGAGAUAUGCUUAUCCAUGGUGGAAAGAGAAAGUAAUAAACUCCUAUGCAAAAAGAAAAGAUGGCCUUUGCCCUUUGACACCAGAGGAGAUUGCUCUUGUCCUCAGAGCCUUGGACAUUGACAGAAGUAUGCAGAUAUACAUUGCAGCUGGAGAAAUAUAUGGUGGAAAGCGUAGAAUGGCUGCUCUUACUUCAGCGUAUCCCAACGUGGUGAGAAAGGAGACACUUUUGCAACCUUCCGAUCUCAUGUUCUUCCAGAACCAUUCGUCACAAAUGGCAGCUCUGGAUUACUUGGUAUCACUGGAAAGUGAUAUAUUUGUUCCAACAUAUGAUGGUAAUAUGGCUAAAGUUGUUGAGGGACACCGCAGGUUCAUGGGUUUUAAGAAAACAAUCUUAUUGGAUCGAAAACUCAUUGUUGAGCUGGUCGACCAGUAUAAUAGUGGUUCUAUGCUGUGGGAUGAAUUCUCUUCACUAAUCAAGUCUGUCCACGCAAACCGAAUGGGAGCAGCUUCAAAAAGGACAGUGAUUCAUGACAAACCGAAGGAAGAGGACUACUUCUAUGCUAACCCUCAAGAGUGCUUGCGAGAUCCCAAUCUUUUACGGACAUCAUGAUAUUUUUAAUAGCGCAAUUGCGCGAGUAUACUUAUUACCAUUACACGUUUACAGCAUAGCUGAACUUGUUUCUUCCGAGCUGACUCAAAUGGCUCGGCAUUUUCAGUUCAGAACUUCAGGUUGGGCCAUUGACAAGGGAGUUUGGAUGGAAGCUGAAAGAAAGGAUGAUACAAUUGUGAGCUUGUGACUACUUAACUCAAAUGUAGUUGGUACAUAGACGUUACAUGUUGGGGAAUUGGGGAUGUUAGGUUUCCUAAUUACGCCGAUUAAGAGAAGAUAUUCAUGUAUAGAUGGGGGCGGGUUAGUGGAUAAGUUAGUUCAACAGAACGUUACCGAUCAUGGUUCAUGAAGGAAAUUGUUAUAUAUCAGGUUUUUCAUACUUUGUGCAGACAUUACUGCUCUUGCAUCUUGAAUUUCUCUCCGUCUCCUGAAGUUUUACCAUGUAGUACUACCAACUGUUUCAGCAGUCUGAACAGAUGCUGCUGGUUGUUGGGUGUAUAUAUGCUCUGAUUGUGUAUUAUAGAACACCAGAAUGCACGGUGAUGUAUCAUUUUUUUUACCACGGCUGUGCUGUGGUGGUGUAUCGAAGUAAUACAUGCCUCUACUUGUUAA